AUGUUAGGGCUGAAGUAUGAAUAUUACCAAUAUUUUUCGUAUCAAGACUUGCAAUAGUUGAAGGAAAUACUUACCUACGAUUCAAUAGGUGAGGUAAAGUUUUAUGAAGAUGAGAAAGUUAUUGAAUACAAGAUAAAUAAAUCCAACUGUAUUCUAUUAAGCGAAUUGAUAGAAUUAAUAAAUGGGUUUCAUUAGAUUUCAUUUGGGAUAGGUGUUAUAGCUUUUCAUUCACUUGUUAGAGAAAGUGACGUUCAUGAGAAGAAAAAAAUUUUAACACUCUUAUUUAGACUAAGAUCGUAUAUGGUUGAAAUUCGAACAUAAUCAAUAUCUGACUAUUACUUAUAAAAAAAUUUAGUAUGA